AUGAAGGCCGUCCUCCUUGCCCUGUUGGCCGCUGGCCUGGCCCUGCAGCCAGGCCACGCUCUGCAGUGCUACUCCUGUGAGGCCAAGGUGAGCAACAGCGACUGCCAGCACGUGCAGAACUGCAGCCAGUCGGACACCCAGUGCUGGACCGAGCGCAUCCGCGCUGCCGGCCUCGUGACCUUCCUCAGCAAGGGCUGCACCUCGCACUGUGUGGACGACUCGCAGAACUACUACGUGGGCAAGAAGAACGUCACGUGCUGCUCCACCGACCUGUGCAACGCCAGUGGGGCCCACACUCUGCAGCCGGCUGUCACCACCCUGGUGCUGCUUACCUCGCUGGGCGGCCUGCUGUUCUGGGUCCCCAGUCAACUCUAG